AUUGGCUGGCCGGCCUGGGCCCCAAGAGGGGAGCCUCGGGAGAAAGAGGCGAUGGAGGGAAGCGGGCCGGGUCGAGGCCUGGGGGAGAGGUGUGAAGUCCGAGAUUGAGCCCAUGGCUGACGGACACCUCGACCCCGGGGUGUGGGGCCCAUUCAGUAAGACGGGGGCAUCGCAGACAUGAAAUCGACGCCGCCAAGAGUCACCUCCUACCAUUUAGUCCCACUGACUUCCCCAGUUCUCACGCUACCCCCUCUCCCCCCCCAAUCCAUUUCCAUUUUUUCGGGUUCAUUUUCCUUGGAGGGGUAAGAUGAACGGCCUGGGACUACUCGGGAGGCUCUGAGAGAACGGAGGGGAGAGCGAAAGGUUCUGGAGAAAGGUGGGAACCGUCCAGCGAGUGUGGGGAGACGUUUCGUCCGAGAGGGAAGGAUGCAUUCAGACGAACCUCUGGAAGAAUCCUCCUCAAGGGGCAGCAUCGGAGGGUGCAGGGAGGCAGGAAGCCCCCUGUUUGGUCUAGAGACCUUCGAGGAGUUGCAGGCUCACAAUCCGGGGAAAGCUGUCUCUCUCAAAUCCUCGAAACAGCACCUCCACCAGAUGAUCGCUGAGUGUGAAGCUCUGGACCAGGAGCUCCCGUGUAUUCGCAAAUUCCCCAAGCCACCGACCGCCCAGCCACUCUGUCUCUGCCUGGAGACGGCGCCCGAGGCUGAUCUGACCCAUCUGGAUGUGCUGACCGCACUCAACGAAGAGCUGCCCGAGGCCCUGGAGAGUGGCCGUGUGAGCAGCAUUCGUUUCGAGAACCUGAAUGUGAUCUGUGGCACAGCCGGGCGCCGGGACAGGUGGCUGAUCACCGUGACAGACUUCCAGGCUCGCUCGCACCUACUGCGCUCGGGCCUGUACCUGCGCGGGGAGCCGCACCCCCUCACCCGGCACGACGAGACCCAGCUGAGCGAUUACCGACUGUACCUGCGCCGGGCGCUGGCCCGCCGUCGCCUGCUCGAGGCCCUCGGGCCCGGGCCGGCCCAGGAGGCCUGAAGGGACGCCGCGGCCCGCCGCCGCACGUGCUCACCAAAAGGCCCCAGAAAGGAGGCAGGGCCGGCUCGGGGUAGAUACUGUGAGUUUAAUUAUAAAGAAUGACCCGAUACAAAA